AUGUCUCCAUCUCCCUCUGAAAAUUCGCCCUGGCCUACGCAGACACCAGCCGAUGCGGGUUCUUCUCAUUCUCGCGCACCAAAACGACGUCGAAUACACGAGCUAAUGCCCUUGAAUGCUCGGCAGAUUGUUGACCAAGACCAAGUCGAGGAAGCCGAAUACAAUUGCGAGGUUAACUCUGGCAACGAUGUCAUUUCGUGUUUUCCUACAGCAGAUUCCGUUUUUCCUCAGCAUCAAUGGUCGACCUUCGUCUGGAACUCUGGUCUCCCCGAAUUCACUCAGACGAAUGAAGUCAAUGUCUAUCUUUUCCGUGCAGAUUCUCGAGAGCAGCUGCUUUUCUUCCCCAAUCAAACGAACCCCAGGAAUCAAGCCGGUUCCCUCACUGCUCAAGUGAACGACACAUGGUUUGGAACUGCAGGCGAGGAUUGGAGUGGCUCAAAUCUAACAUACACCUUUUACUGGGUCGUUACGCGGAACGAUACAGAGUUGGAUGGCUCAGAAUUGACCCAAACUCACUUUACUGCCGUUCAAACGACGUAUGCCGACUCCGUUCUUGCGACACUGUCCUCGACGUCCUCCACAUCAUCAUCAACCUCAUCAACGAGAUCAUCAUCCUCAUAUACCAGUACAUCGACAGCUUCAUCAGCGUCUGAGUCUGGCAGUGGGAGCUCAAGCAGUGUCAGUGGCAAUGGCAAUGUCCAGUCUGGUGCAAGCGACUCCAACUUCCCACACUGGGCCAUCGCCGUCAUUGUCGUUCUGGGCUUCCUCGCCAUCGCCACAUCAUGCAUACUCGCAUUUUUCAUCCUCCGACGGAUACGCCGGCGUAACGCCGAACUCGAAUCCAACCGAAACUCUAUGGGCUCUUCAUCACCGAUGAUGGCGCAUGUAGGCAAUUCUCCUGGUUCGCCUCUCCUGGCCGCCGCUGCGGGCGAACCACAAAGUUCUGUCGGGCACGGGCAACGUGCUCCGAGCAUAGUAUCGCCCGAUGGGGCAUCAACGGUGUCAGGAAGCGCAGGCGAUGCAGGUCCGUUUUCCGGCGCAGAUGCAGCAAUAAUGGCGGAUGCUUUCAGGAAAGCGCUGCGGAAGCCUGACUUCAUGGACGUGGCCGUAGAAGAGGGGGACAGUCCUGGAAAUAAUGACAGACAGGGCGAACUGCUGAAUAGGGAACUAGCUGACGAGGGACGUGACAUACGGAGCGUAAGCUCAUCAAGAGGCGUGCGAGUGGAGACGAUGAGUGACAGUGGUGACACCGUGCAGGACAAUCCACACUGA